UCUUUUUUUUCGCUUUCUAAAUUUUUUUUUCUUCUUUUCUUUUUUACUUAUUUAUUCCCCCCUCUCCUCCCUUCUAACAUAUGUUUACAAGGUUGGGACUUUCACUUCGAUCAAUACGGUCGAAAUGGUUAUCUAUAGGUUGUACACUUUUGGGUUUAAUGUUUGUCCUGACAUCCUUGUACAUAUCACCAGUAAAUAAAUACUUACACAAUCUCGAUACUGUAAAAACAACAACAACAACAAGUAGUUCGGAACCUAUGCGUGCCUGUUUUGUAGUCUUGGUACGAAAUAGUGAAUUACAAGGCAUCAAAAAUACUGUCAUCCAAAUAGAACAACGAUUUAAUAAGCAAUUCCAUUAUCCAUAUGUGUUUUUGAAUGACGAUUAUUUUACUGAACAAUUUAUUCAAGAAAUUACUGCUCUGACUACUGCUCAAGUUAACUUUGGCAAGGUAGAUCAACAAAUGUGGGGAUACCCUUCUUUUAUCAAUCAAACACAUGCUGCUUUACAACGAGCUGAACUGGCUACUCAAGGUAUUCCUUAUGCAGAUAGUGAAUCUUAUCGACAUAUGUGCAGAUUUCAAAGUGGAUUCUUCUUUAGACACCCAUUACUCGAUCCUUACGAUUACUAUUGGCGAAUUGAACCCGAUGUGGAUUAUCAUUGUGAUAUAGAUUAUGAUGUAUUCAGAUUUAUGAAGGAUAAUGGCAAAAAAUAUGGAUUCAAUAUUGCUUUUCGUGAAUUCUUAGCAACUGUACCAACUUUAUGGCAAACUGUCUUGGAUUUCAAAAAGAGUCAUCCUGAGGUAAUGAAACAAUUACCAAGCCCUGAAGAUUCUCUUUGGAACUUUGUGGCUAGUGACGAUGGCUUAUCAUACAAUUCUUGUCAUUUUUGGACCAACUUUGAAAUUGCUUCCUUGGAUUUAUGGAGAUCAAAUGAAUAUCUCAAGUAUUUCAAUUAUUUGGAUCGUGCUGGCGGAUUCUUUUACGAAAGAUGGGGUGAUGCACCAGUUCAUUCUAUAGCAGCAGCCAUGAUGUUAAAAAAGGAUGAAUUUCAUUUCUUCAAUGAUAUCGGUUAUAGACAUACAGCAUAUACUCAUUGUCCAACAGAACCUAUUUAUCGUGAUAAGUGCUCUUGUAAUCCAGCGGACAACUUUGAUUACGACCCGGGUUUAAGUUGUUAUUCUAUAUUCAAAGAUGCCUUACGUCGAUGAUCCAACAUUUUAUUGGUUAUAUUAUUUUAAAAAGCAUAUUUUUUUUAUUAUUUUUGACAAGGAUUCAAUAAACUUUUAUAUAAAUUUGUAA